AUGGCCGAAAACAAGGAUACCCAACCAUCUUCUUUCAACGACAAAACCUUCAGCGGAGUUGGCAACCUCAUCAAACUUCUCCCAACAGGAACUGUGUUCAUCUUCCAGUUUCUGAACCCUGUAUUGACCAACAAUGGCCGUUGCAGUAUCAUCAACAAGUACAUGACGGGUAUUUUCCUUGCGCUCUUCGGCUUCUCUUGCUGCUUCUCGUGCUUUACCGACAGUUAUAAAGGCCCGGACGGAGUGAUUCAUUAUGGGAUAGUGACGGUAAAGGGUCUCUGGCUGUCUACGAAUGUAGAAGGCGUGGACUUGUCGAAGUACAAGCUGCGGUUUGGGGACUUUGUUCAUGCUUUCUUUCCGUUGAUUGUGUUUGGUGUGGUGGCUCUGUUGGAUCCUAAUACGGUGCAUUGCUUUUAUCCGGCGUUUGAAUCAACGGAGAAGGUGUUGAUGAUGGUGCUGCCGCCGGUAAUUGGUGCUAUUUCGGGCACUGUUUUCGCUUUGUUUCCAUGCAACCGCCAUGGUAUUGGGUGCCCUUAAGCUGGUUCUUCUGAUAACUUUCCAUCACUUUCUUCAUGCUAGCUAAUGUGCUGCUGCUUGCUUGUUGAAUUUCC